UAUCGAUACGUUUUGAAGAUUUGUUAGAUAUUGAUAAGCACGCCAUCUAGUUCUGUCCUUCGAAGAAAAAUUUAUUUGACCAUAGACAAACUUUGGGUCGCGAUUAAUACCUUCGAAAUAUCAACCAAUCACGAAGUAGCCAGAGGGCGCUAGUUGCUAAGACGAAUUUGACUUUGACAUGUCAAACAAAGCGAGUUUUUCCAACGGCUGCGGUGUACAAACGUCAUGCUGUAAUGGCGAAGAAAUAAAUUGCGAUCGCUGCGAACAUAGUGAAUCCAUGACCUUGCGUCGUUAUAAUCAAUUGUGUUGUUGUCAUUCUUCGUUACAACCGGUGCUUCUGUUUACAUGUUAUCAAUUUUAUCAUUCGUUGUAUACUUGUAGCGUUACGCCGCUCGAUCUCGCGAGUGUUUUAUUGGAUUCUGAAUAGGAUGUGAAGCUAGUGUUAUUAAAGAUUUAAGUGUAUUGAAGGUUCCGCGGAUUUGCGCGUUAAACUGGCCUUUUGUUUGAGUAGAGAUCGGCCCACGCCUUAAUAAACCGACUCCUACGCGGAGCCUCUGAUGGCAACUGAUUCGUAUAUCCUUACAAUGGACCAGAAACGUGGACGAAAUAACUACUCCAGCUAUUGUUUAUAGUUUUCCGUGUAUGUUAUAUUGUAAGUUAAAGUGUUAAUCGGUCUUAAAUCGCCGCCUCGGCUGUUCGAAAUCGUCGUGAAGAAGAGUUGUUUAGUGUCAACAAUCAAGGUUAUUUGCCGAAGUCCCGGAUUUAUCUAUUAAGAAUAUUUUGAUAAAAUCAAUCAAGCAAUCAAGUUUAACAUAAUAUUUUACAAAAUCAAGAGAAUUGAAGCAAUGUCGGCUGACUGAUUGAAAACCAUCAAGAUAAGGAAAACAGCAGCAUUCCUGUGCUACAAAGUGAGAAUGGAUGAAAGCGAUGUCAUUAUAUCAUCUACGGAAAUUAUAAAAGAUAGACUCUACUUCGCAACCCUAAAAACGGGCUACAAACCCAAGCCCACCAGAAACAGCAAGUACUUCCACAUAGAAGAUGACAUCCAGUACGAGAACUUCUACUUCGACUUUGGACCUUAUCACCUGUGCCAUUUGUACCAGUUUUGCAACAAGCUCACCGAGGAACUGGAGAAGAACCCAAAGAAAAAAAUCGUGUUUUAUACGAGCAACAAUGAGACGCUUAGGCUCAACGCCGCGUACCUUAUUGGGAGCUAUCAGAUAAUAUACCAAAACGGGUCCCCCGGUGCAGUCUACAAGCAGCUAACGGACGGAUCAGAAUGGUCCCUACUGAACUUCCGUGACGCUUCCGGAGGCCCUCCACUCUUCGACAUAUCACUGGUGGACGUCCUUCACGGCAUAAAGGUGGCCCAUGACGCUGGGUUCUUCCAUUUUGAUCAUUUCGAUGCGGACCAGUAUUUAUUCUAUGAGAAAGUGGAAAACGGCGACCUAAACUGGAUAGUCCCCGGCAAGAUGCUCGCGUUCUCCGGCCCCAACCACCGCUCACGGCUCGACCGCGGCUACCCCCUCCACAGCCCCGAGCACUACCACGACUACUUCCGUCGUCACAACGUCACGACGAUCGUGCGACUGAAUAAGAAGUCGUACGAUGCGCGGCAAUUCACGGCGCAUGGUUUUGAGCAUAGAGAGCUGUUUUUUGUGGAUGGAUCUGUGCCUUCAGAUCUCAUUGUGAAUCGGUUUAUACGGAUAUCUGAAGCUGCGAAAGGUGCUGUUGCUGUGCACUGUAAAGCGGGCUUAGGUCGGACGGGAACCUUGAUAGCAUGCUACAUGAUGAAGCAUCAUGGCUUUACAGCCCGGGAAGCCAUCGCGUGGCUGCGGGUGUGUCGCCCGGGCUCCGUCAUCGGCCACCAACAGUGGUUCCUCGAGAACGUCCAACCCCGAAUGCACGCCGAGGGCGAGGCGUAUCGUCGCCGGCAUCACGUCGCAGCGUGCCCCGUCUACACGCGCGGCGUCUACUGCGACCUGCCGCCCGAGGAGAAACCGGUCUCCCUACAGACUAUUCUGCAUAAUAACAAUACCAAUAACAAGCUCGAUAACGCAAACGCCCUCAACGCAAAUGAAACAGACUCCGAAAACAACGUCACAGCGGUAAUCGGCAAAUACAAGACUACCGCCACCGCCAUGCUGCCCACUAAGACCGUCUUCACGCCCAAAAUGAACUACAUGCUUCCCACUAACAAUAUCAGGAACGCGGCUAACACUAACCUAAAGACAGCACAGCCAAGGAUACUCAACUCCACCCUCAAGUCCCACUACGCAGCUAAAACUUCAACUUUCCCGCCAAGCAGAAGUGCCAAUUCUCAAGCUAAAAUCUCCGGUGUCAAAGCCCAAUUCACUGGCAAAAGCAGCUUCCACGGCCAGCGAGCCAACCUCGCGCGACCGACAGGCUACGCUCAUGGAACGAGCCCCCUAAAAACAUUCACAAGAAAAACUGUCACAAAAAUAACCAAUAACGAAGCCACAGUUGUAAACACACUCAGCAAUGUAACUUCAACCUUAUCCGCUUUAACAGAGAAUUGUCAUUUGAACGGCAAAAAUCGCUUACCAUCAGAACCGAAUCUUAAAGCUGUUGCCGCCAAAACGACGCCAACUAACGUGAAUUCGAGAAAGAAAUUAAUCUUGCGCUCGAAUUCUAGUUCAAGGAAAAAACUGCCGAAGAAUAAUGUGGGUAAAAGCAGUUUGGAGUCCACGCAAGACCUGUCUUCCAGUGAUACGAAUGUCACCAACAUAUCUGCCGAUUCCUUGGAAACUCCUUUCAGGUUUAGGCGAAAACGGGAUAAAUCCAGCAGUCCAGAACCUAUGGACUGCAUUUCGAAUUCUAUUAUAACUGCCGAUGUCACUCCUGAAAAUUUCGAAGAGACUACCAACUCCCAAGGGAAUAAACUAUACAAAAUCAAAGCAUUAAGAAAGAAAUGUCCCGCGUUUGGGGUGAGUCUUCUAAAGAAAGAUGGAGUGCAGACUCGCUCGAGUACUUGUACAAGUAGCUCGACUGUUAAGAAGAAAUGAUCUCGAUGUGGUUAAGUAUGUAGUUGUAUUUGCACUUCAGAUUCUAUAUAGGAAUGUGCUUAGCACAUUUAGCGUCGAUUCCAUACAUUCGUAUAGUGACUUAUUAAGGUAACUUUAAGUUACUGAGUUUGAAUGUCUUAAAAAGUAACAUAUCGGCUUCUUGCACUGCCCAUACUUUUCAACAUGUUGCUUCAUAAAGGUGCGUCCAGAUCUGGUUAAAAGCUCUCGGCACGUUCAUGCCGUUCAAAUCUGCACGAAAUUUAAACUGAUCACCGUUUUCACGUGUAUUUCCGUCCUAAUAACAAAAGAAAACUGUCCUUACAUUUUCGACAAGCAUUUAUCUGGUGAUAUGGGCCUACUAGUGGAAUUAUAGUAAAAAAUGCAUCUAUACGUGUCCGCCUAGCAAUUCAUAUUAUUAUAAAUUUUAUGAUUAUUCAAAAUUGCAUGAAAAACCAGUUGUACGAGUGGUCAAUGUGCAAAGCGAAUUUCACACCAAAAAUGUCAAAGAUAUAAGCCUAUUUUUUAUAGCCUGUCAACUUACACCAAUAGUUGACUGUCGCUUGCGGUAUUUCCGGACCGAUACGACCUCCAAAACUUCAAGAAAAAAGCGUACUCCCACCUUAAAGGCCGGUGACGCACUCGCAAUUCCCCUUAUAUUAUUAAAAAAAAACUAUUGUUCAGCUCAUAUAGUAUGAAUUAUCUCAAAUGAUUUUUUCGCCUAAACCCUACGCCGUUAAACAAAAAGCAUCGUUUCUUUUGUGCACCGCGGUGGCUACCUCAUUUCACAUUAGUGAAAAGGAUCACGCCCGUUUCAAAGGCAAUUUUAGCGUGCUACACAUAGGGCUCAAAUUUAUGUAACAGCUUUUUGCUAUCUCCGAAUAUUCUUCCUACAUUACCCAAAACGUGUUAACUCCGAAUGCUGUUAUCUGAAUUUGAACCUUAAAUGUAGAACGCUAAAAUUGCCUUUUAAACGGACGUUUCCUUUGCCUUUUGUUAAACAGCUUAGGGUUUGGGCGAAAAAAUCAUUUGAGAUAAUUCGUUCUAUACGUAGAUAAGUCGCUAAACGAAUGUACGUACAUGUUAUGUGUAUAGAGAGUAUAUAAAUCUGUGUUGUAAAAUCCCACAUCAGAGCCUAAAUCUUUACACAUAGUUGUAUAGUUAGGUCGAUUGAUUGUACACUCGCAGCUACUUAGGUUUUAAGCUUUCUUUCUAAAAGAUAAGUAAAGUUUUUUUACCAGGGCUUGCUAAUGAAAUCUAACUAUGCAUAUUUUUUAUGUUGUAUCUUUUAUAUUCAAGAGAAAAUGAGUCGCUUAACGUCAAACUCGGGUAAAUCCAACUGUCAGAUUAUGCCAUUUUGGUAUUAACCUUUUCGACGCCGUGUCAAACACAAAAGCUGUCACUCGGACGCCACGUCACCGAAGUGUUAAAACUGAAACUGAAUUUUAUGCAUAUGCACGUAGGUCUAUGUUGCUCUGUGGUUCGUAACGGAUUAAUCCGUCUUUGGCGUUGGACCUACGGUGCGGAUAUAUCCGUCAUUGUCCAAAAGGUUAAGAAAAGGUAAUAGGGUAAUAAUUUCCUAAGAGGUAUAGAUUUACCCGAGUUUGAAGUUAAACGACACAAAUGUGAUGACGGGCUGAGGUUGCUUUUAUAGUUAUAUAAUUGCGUCAGAUUAUUUUGAUAUAUUAUUUUAGAUCCUUAGAUUUAUUGAUUGUAUGAUGAGUAACGCCUAAGGCAAAUUCGUAUUUAGAAUUUAACAGCUAAUGUUGAUGGCGCUCCCUUGAACGGCUCCCUACAUUAUCGGUUACUAUAGGGAGCGUGCAUAAACUGUAGGGGGCAGCACAGGAGACGUCAGAUUUUUGGCGCGAGGCGUAAAUACGUAGUUUAUGCUUCCAAAGUAGCCCACAAAAUGGCAGCACUUGCUUUGGCGUGAAGUGCCAAUGUACAUGUGAUGUACAUGUUUAUGGUUCCGAUUCAGGCCACAAGAUGGCAGACCCUCCAACGCGCACGGUCCCUAUAUGUCAAUAGUUGACGGUUGUCAAUUCAGUUACAAGAUGGAACCAUACAGCGCCAUUUAUUUUAGCUGUCAAACUCUCUUUUUCUUAUACUUUGGUCAUCUUAUACAAUCAAUGCAUUUUUAGGUUCGUGAAAUGAGAUUAUAUUGGCACUGAUAAGUGCUCAAGUAGUUUUGAACAAAUUCCAUAUUUGGUUCUAAAAUAGAUUUAUUGUCUGUCGUUUUAAUAUUAAAAGGUCGUAAGACAAUCAAUUGACCCUAGUAAACUAAUAAAUGAAUAUUUUUGUAUUAUGUAAAAUUACUGAGUGAUUUUUCAAACGCCAUUUCUUUAGCUUUUAUUGAGCGACUUGUUGUAUUCAUGAUAUCGAUUUCGUUGACAUUUUGUUAAAUAAUGUAGUUUAUAAGUGAAUUGUUUGCAAUAUAUAAUCUUUAUAAGAAAUUAUGUGCUGUACUUUUUGAAAGCUUUUUAGACUAAUAAUUUUAAUGGUUUGAUGCAGCCUAAAAGUAUUUUAGUUUGCGAAAUCGCCAUCAGACUAAUAAAAUGCACUUAAUACUCUAGAUUUAUUUUUGAUUUGACUUGUAAGAAAUAAUUAUCAAUUUAUUGUUUUCAAUUCAAUUAAUUAGCUCCAUGCAUGAAUUUAUUUUUAUUUUUGGAUUCAAAAUUUAUAUCGUUGGAACACCGGAAAAGAUAAAAAUACUUUUGUAAACCUUAACAUUAUUUUAUUAAAAAAUAUUUAAAAUGUUGAAAAUUUUUGAGCGGUUGAAACGCUCAUACAUUUUGGCGCGAAUUCGACAGAGCGUGAUGACGUCACACGUUGGGCGGCCCAACUGACGUUUGCUACUAAUGACACUAAUCUGUCGAACGCGUGACGUCACGUGGCGUUUCGAGCGUUUCGCUCGCUAGCUUUUCGCGGGCAAAUUUUUGUACUUUUUAUUUAUAAUUUUAAGUAAUUAAAUGGUAAUUUAAAAACGGAAAUGCAUUUGUAACAUGAUAUAACGGUAACAAACAUGCGAAUAAAACAUAUUUCGUUCAAAUAUAAACUUCAUGCAUGAGGCUAAUUCAAUUAUUUAUUUAUACUGAUAUAUAAUAUUUUUUUAUAAAGUGCAUUACAGUAUUGCAUUAAAAAAUUAGGUGGAAAUAAAUCGACAAAUGUUAAAUGUGUUUGUGUCAGGCAUUCUAAUGUAGGUAUAUGUGCCAUUCUCAACCAAAAGGGUACUUAUUGUCGGUUGUCAAUAAGGAGCUAUUUCCAUAAAGCUUCAAUUUGAAAUCAACCUUAUCGACAAGCGACAAUGUGGUACGUCACAAAUGUUAUUACAGGUAUAGUUGGUGAAAAAGGUUCAUCAUCUCUGACUUUACGUGUCAAUUUCGAACACAGUACUUUUACUGUACUCGUCUAAUUAUUUCUCUCUUCCCUGUUGUAAAUGUUCAAAAUCGGUACUUCUACAGCAUAAUAUAUUUGACGUAUUAUUUGAGAUUGAAAAUGAUUGAAAAAAAAUCCUUUUUCCUUUCUUUUAUUUCGAGAUAGAAACGAGUUGAUACAUAUCCAACUUUUUUUAAAUCUUAUUAUGUAUAGAUGUAGUGCAUAAUUAUUUUCCAUCGUCCACGGAAACGUACGAACGUGUCUUGCUAUUUCACUCAGUCUCGGUACAAAAACUACUGAGGUUGACUGAAGCAGCAUGACAAAUACGAACGUUUCUGAGAAAAUACAAUGGAAGAAAAUUAUGCACUACAUCUGUAUUUAAGUGUCGCUGAUCCCAACACAACAAAAUGUCAACGAAGACGACAGGCGUAAAUAACCUUUUUUUCUACGCAUUUUUUGGUCGGAUUGUUCAAUCAAACAGUCAGAUGUGCUGAACCUUUGCCAACAUUCCUAUCGCAUAUUUUUUAUAUCGUAUCAAGAGCCUAUGGGAGUUCCGUAAGUGACGAAUUUACAGUGUCAUAUCAAAUUUGUACGCGCACCGUUUACCGGCGUUGUCUGCCGCCAUCUUUGUUGUAGAGUUCUGUUUAUAUGCGUUUGUGGUUCACGAUCUUACUGUCUAGUUUUUUGAACUGGGCACCCUGAUUAUAAGUAUAAAUUGGAACGCAAUUCUCUGUUGAUACUUGUGCGUUUUUAGUUUUAUACUUAUUCUUGUACUUAAUAAAGUCGAGGAUCGUUUGUCACAAAUGCGUGACAAACUUUAUACCGAAAAAAAUCUCGAUCAUCAAUCGAUAUAAUCAUUGUCUUAACAAUCCAUUUCAAUAUUUUUACCAUGCCCAUUGGUUAUAGAUGACGAAAUAUAAUCAAAGAGGGUCAAGGCUACUCAAACUUAGAAUGUCAGUAUCUGCACCCUGCCCAUCGUAACCUGACGUUUAUCGCCCCGCUGCAAAAGUGCAUGGACACAAUAAUGUCCAUAAUAAUAAGAACAAAAAUUUAACUUAGUAUUUAGCCCAUCGCUUUUUUGGGCGAGUUUUAGUGUCACGCGGACCGUCCGUGUGAAUUGCUCCGCACCGGACCAAUAUGUGUUAAGUUCAGGAAGCGUUUUAUAGUGGUUCACGCGGACGAACGUCCGUGUGGACAACUGUCUCAUACAAUUUGGCGGUGCGGAGCGAUCCGCACGGACGGUCCGCGUGACACUAAAACCCGCCACUCAAUAGCCUGUGCUGCCUCUGCGUGCAUCCCAUGACACGGGCAAGGGCAGCAUCCGCUUGGUGUUCCUCUUACAUUGGCUUCAGCUCCGCAUCAUUUUUCGUGAUGGGUAAAGAAUGGAAUUCAUUUAUAAAGUGGCCAUGCAUUUUUUACAGCUGAGUUUAUAUCAUGCACCCACGUCUAUAUUAUAUUCAAGGGUGCCUUUAGUUAAAACUAAGAAGUUUAAUUUAACGUGAACGCGGUGUAUUGUUGUUGUAAUGUGGCUUUAGCAGGUGUUAGUUCGUGUUAUAUAGUAGCGUCUCGGGAAGGUGCUUGUUGAGACUGCAAUAUACUACAGGCUUUUUAUUUAUAGAUAAAACAGGCCAGGAAAAAUUGGUCCUUAUGUUAAGGGUCCCCGGCAAGCUCGGUUCUCCAUACAAACGUAGUUCCGCUCUCAUUUUAUAACGACUAGCUAGAUUGCUCUGAAACUUUGUACUUACAAUAGCAUAAGGUAUAUCUAUGUCUGUAAUUAGUUUAUUAUUUAUUUAAAUUAUUUACACGGCAUCACAGCAUAGGCCAAUACACCGAAUAAUUAAACUAGUUACAGGUAUACAAAUUACAAAUACAAAAUAUAUAUAAAGUAAAAUACAAAUAGUCAAGUCAAAUGCAAGUGCUGGAAAGCCUAUCAUCCUUCAUCUCACAAAACCUCAGACACUCCUGGCACACAUUCGCCCAUCUCCACGCAAACAAGUCGCACUCUGGUGCUGAUGUCA